AUACAUCUUGGCUCUCUCUCUUUCUCGCCUUCACUUUCCCUCUCCUGUGCGCUGUUUCGAAGCUAAGCAAGCAAAGGAGACAUGGCUGGGAAAGGAGAAGGUCCGGCUAUCGGAAUCGAUCUAGGAACGACAUACUCCUGCGUUGGAGUAUGGCAACACGAUCGGGUCGAGAUCAUAGCCAAUGAUCAGGGCAACAGAACGACGCCGUCCUACGUCGGGUUCACCGACACAGAGCGUCUCAUUGGUGACGCCGCCAAGAACCAAGUCGCUAUGAACCCCACCAACACCGUCUUUGAUGCAAAACGUCUCAUUGGGAGGAGAUUCAGCGAUACCACUGUCCAGAGUGACAUUAAACUGUGGCCAUUUAAAGUCGUUCCUGGUCCUGGUGACAAGCCCAUGAUAGUUGUCAACUACAAGGGGGAAGAGAAGCAGUUUGCUGCAGAAGAGAUAUCCUCUAUGGUUCUCACAAAGAUGAAGGAGAUUGCUGAGGCAUACCUUGGAUCGACUGUGAAGAACGCUGUUGUUACUGUCCCUGCUUAUUUUAAUGACUCACAGCGACAGGCUACCAAGGAUGCUGGUGUUAUUUCCGGGCUCAAUGUCAUGCGUAUUAUCAAUGAGCCAACUGCUGCUGCCAUUGCAUAUGGUCUUGACAAGAAAGCAACUAGUGUUGGUGAGAAGAAUGUGCUCAUCUUUGAUCUUGGUGGUGGUACUUUUGAUGUUUCCCUGCUCACUAUUGAAGAAGGUAUCUUUGAGGUGAAAGCCACAGCUGGUGAUACUCAUCUUGGUGGAGAGGAUUUUGAUAAUAGAAUGGUGAAUCAUUUCGUUCAGGAGUUCAAGAGGAAACACAAGAAGGAUAUCAGUGGCAACCCCAGGGCACUUCGUAGACUGAGGACCUCUUGUGAGAGGGCAAAGAGAACUCUUUCCUCCACUGCUCAGACUACCAUUGAGAUUGACUCAUUGUUUGAGGGCGUUGACUUCUAUUCCACUAUAACUCGUGCUAGAUUUGAAGAGCUGAAUAUGGAUCUUUUUAGGAAAUGCAUGGAGCCAGUGGAGAAAUGUCUAAGGGAUGCCAAGAUGGAUAAAAGCACUAUCCAUGAUGUCGUUCUUGUUGGUGGAUCUACCAGGAUUCCAAAGGUGCAGCAGUUGUUGCAGGAUUUCUUUAAUGGAAAGGAGCUUUGCAAGAGCAUCAACCCUGAUGAGGCAGUCGCUUAUGGUGCUGCUGUUCAGGCUGCUAUUUUGAGUGGAGAAGGCAAUGAGAAGGUCCAGGAUUUGCUUCUGUUAGAUGUCACCCCUCUGUCCCUUGGUCUGGAGACUGCUGGAGGAGUGAUGACUGUUUUGAUCCCAAGAAACACCACCAUUCCAACCAAGAAAGAGCAAGUAUUCUCAACCUACUCUGACAACCAGCCUGGAGUUCUGAUUCAGGUCUUCGAGGGUGAGAGGGCAAGAACAAGGGACAAUAACCUGUUGGGUAAAUUUGAGCUCUCCGGCAUCCCUCCUGCCCCUAGAGGCGUGCCUCAAAUCAAUGUGUGCUUCGAUAUCGAUGCCAAUGGUAUUUUGAAUGUCUCCGCCGAGGACAAAACCACUGGCCAGAAGAACAAAAUCACCAUCACCAACGACAAGGGUAGGCUGUCCAAGGAAGAAAUAGAGAAGAUGGUGCAAGAGGCAGAGAAGUACAAGUCCGAGGAUGAGGAACACAAAAAGAAAGUGGAGGCGAAGAACGCACUGGAGAACUAUGCCUACAACAUGAGGAACACCGUGAAGGACGAGAAGAUCAGUGCCAAGCUUAGCCCAGCGGACAAGAAAAAGAUCGAAGAUGCUAUCGAUGAGGCAAUUUCAUGGCUUGACAGCAACCAACUUGCCGAAGCUGACGAGUUCGAGGAUAAGAUGAAGGAGCUCGAGAGCAUCUGCAACCCUAUCAUUGCAAAGAUGUACCAAGGUGCAGGUGGUGACGCGGGAGGGCCCGUGGAUGAUGAUGCUCCUCCCGCUGGUGGAAGUGGUGCUGGCCCCAAGAUUGAGGAAGUUGACUAGGCAGUGUUCUCUCCGUGCUCAAACUAUAUUAUUUACUAGCUGGGUGGUACUUUGUAUUUUUGCAUUGCCCGAUUGGGGGAAAACUUUGAACUUGGAUUUGAUGGCAUCUAUGAUCUGGAGCCAUCAAUUUUGAUUUUUCAAGGUCGGUUAAGCUUUAUUUCUA